AUGUCUCCAACGGUCUAUAUCAUUCGCCAUGGGCAAGGCGAACACAAUGUCAACGAUUCUCAUCAUCUUCGGGAUCCUCUUUUGACGGAAACUGGCAAGGCUCAGUGUAAAGAGCUUCAAGAAGAAUUCCCGUUUCUUCAAGAUGUGGAUGUUGUACUUGCAUCUCCGUUGAGGCGCACCAUUCAAACAGCCGCUUACGUGUUCGCACCUGAAUUGGAGGCGCGACAGCUACCCAUUGUGUUGGUUCCCAAUGCACAAGAAAUCAGUUAUUUGACGUGUGAUCUUGGCUAUGAGGCUACUAUCACCAAAAGCGAGGCUCCAAACUUGAUCGCUGAGGCAGCACCUUCCUAUGAUCUGGCGAACUUAGAUAUGACUCUGGUUGACGAGUCCUGGAACUCAAAGAAAGGAAUCUAUGCCCCCACUUUGAGAGCAGUUCGAGAAAGAGCCGCUGCCAUGCGGAACUGGAUAUACAAUCGUCCGGAGAAGCACAUCGCACUCGUGACUCAUGGUGCCUUUUUGCAUUACUUUACCGAGGACUGGACGGGCUACGAAAAAGCUCGAGGUACUGGCUAUCGGAAUUGUGAAUAUCGACAGCUCGAGUUUACUGAAGAUUCCAAUGCAGAGGAGUCCAAUUUGCGAGAAUGUGGUAGCUUGCUUGAAAAGCAAGAUAGACCUGUUGGUCUUGAUUCCCAUGUGAUCCAUGAGAUAGAAGAGGUUGAGAAGGCGUCGGUGUGA